AUGACUCUUGAUGCCAAAUAUUUUAGAAGAUCAGCAGCAGCAGUUCACUCUGUUCUCAAGCAUUCAUCUUACCCAGAAAAUGUUUAUUUCAAUUUUGUGGCUUCGAAAAAUAAGGAUUUUCAAGACCUGAGAAAGAUGGUGAAGUCCAUAUUUCCAUCUCUGAGUUUCAAAGUUUACAGCUUUAAUGAAUUUCGAGUAAAGAAAUUGAUAUCAUCUUCGAUUCGUCAAGCUCUUGUUAAUCCAUUGAACUAUGCUAGGACUUAUUUAGCUGAGAUCAUCCAACCCUGUGUUGAAAGGGUAAUUUAUCUUGAUUAUGUUGUUUUGGUUGAUGACAUCCAAAAGUUACGGUCGAUUUCUUUAACUGGUUCGAAAAAUUAUUGGAGCUCCAGAGUACUGUGA